UGAGAGCUUGCUCAAGAUCAAGGUGAGAUUCCUGCAAGUAACCGUUGAGCAGCUCAACAUUCCCAUGUACUCAGCAUACAUGGUAAUUUUUAGGUACAUGAUUUGUUGAGCAGAUCACACAUACAAACAUUAGUUAUUUUUUGCUUACCAUGUGUAAAAUAAUGAUGGAAGACCAAAAUUAUUGGUUUUUGAUGGUGGUGCGCUAAUACCAAGUGAAGAAUGUUGAUAAUAUUAUGAUUUACAUAGGCCUAGUACAGUGACAUACUAACAUUCCUUAUGCAAAAAUAAUAUAAUUUGUGAACUGAAACCAGGGCCCUCCAGAAACCAUGCACACAUCCCCCCUUUGAAAUCCAAUAUACAGGGGCAUUAUCUUGUAGGUUAUUUUUCAACAAUCAUGAAUAACCCACUUUUUAGAAACAUGCAUUGUUUUUCACAAAAAGUAACCCAUAUUUUGUAAUAACCCACAUUUUGAACCAACAAAAACACAAAAAACUCUUUGAUCACCAAAAAAGAAGAAUGAUUCAUUAACUUCAACUAGUACUUCACUAAGUAAUCCUUAACAUUCUUCCUGCUGGUUCUUCUCUAACCCAAAUGACUUCUGGGCUAUUUGUGGGUUCCAAACUUCUUUUCUAGGUCAUUUGUCUAAAAUGUGGGUUAUUUUUCACAAAGAAAUACCCCAUGUUUUUCUAGGGGAGCUCCCAAAAUCAAAUUUGUUUUGAGUGUUACACUCUUUGUGACAAUGGAAUUAAUGAUUUAAGUUCUUCUCUUAACAAAACCAUUGAGGAUAAGGAGGAUAUGAGUAAAUGGUUUGGCCUAACCAAUAUCCACAUCAGUGGACCCACUAGCAGUAUCCCAGAAAAUCUGGGCAACCAAUUGAUGUACAGCCCUCCUGUUGAAGAAGAUAAUUGUUGCUUGACAGAGUCUACAAUUAGGAAUGCCAUUGAUUGGGACCAACUUUGAUAGUCUCAAUGCCAAGCUGAACACUGUUAAUGUCCUCAACAUGAUCAAAACACCCCUUGGGAAAAGGUCACCACUAUCUGCCCCAAUAAAGGUAAAGAUAAAGCUAAGGAAGAUCAUCACGAGAGCGCACAACACACCAUGAGUAGCUGAAAGGGAGCUGUAUAAAUGGGCAAAUGAAGCAGAGCAAAUGGAUAGUUUUGGAUAUAGUUUGUUAAAAAAAUGGCAAAAGGUUCUAGAAAAAGUGUUGUUAAUCAGUCCUAGAACUACAUGGUGAUGGUUUCAAACCAUGUGAUCUUAUCAAAUGGAAUUUCACCAACAAUGUUGCUCACAAAAAACUAUGUUAGUGGUUGUUUUGAUAUGCAUUAGAAUUUCUCCUAACCAAAGUUGCUUUACUAAUUAAAGAAGAAGAGAAUUGGUCAUUCCCAAACAAAGAAAAAACCCCUACCUCUCUGUGCUGAGACCCCAAACUGCUGAAGGAAGCUACUCUUCUUAUCUGUGAACUAGUACACCACGGGGAAUGGUGGGUAGUAACAUUGAAAAGAAGUGCUGUGACUAAAACAACAACAAAAUGUUACUCCCUAUUAUAUCUUACAUGGGAAGGAUUGCAAUUGAUAGGCACUGAAGUACAACCCUUUGUCCUUUUUGCAAUCUUCUGUGUUCCACCAGAGCAAAUGCAUGGGAGAUAAUCUAUUUUCACCCCCAAGGAAAAAGUAAUCAGUCAGUAGAUAGUGCCAAUAACCUCUGCAUUUGAUCACUUCAAGCAGCCUUUGUCUCAUUAAGAGAAGCAUUAAAAACUUCCAUGGUAUUUGGUGGGAUAAUUGUCUAUGCAACAGUGGUGUUUUGGGAUUUGAAAAUGAAAUUUGCAGGCAGGUUUUUCAUCGGAAACAUGGAGCAGCACCAUGACAAGCUCUACAGGCAUUAGUAGUGUACUUCUGCUCAUAAUAAUAUGAUAUACAGGCAUUGAAACUGCUCAUGCCCUCUUGGAAUCAACACAAAGGUUACCAAUGUAUUGAAGGCCUCUGUUUAAAAGGAACUGGAGGAAAUCCACUGCGCUGCCAAAAAGGAUGACAACACCCCUACUUUGGACACCAGCAAGAACACUAGCAACAACAAGCAGGAUUCCCCACCAAAGAAAUAGAUACAGAGAAUAUUCAAUAUCAAUAUUGUUGUUGUCUAACACCCACCCUUGUCAACUUUGGAUUCAACAUGCUCAGUAUCCACCUAUGAUCUUUGCCUUACAAGAAAAGGCUCCACAUGCAUCAGCUUGGUUAGUAGCUGUGUCAAGAAGAGGGAGCGGACACCUUCCAUGAUGUUUUUUUUGGAAAUUCAAAGAAGCUUUUCAAUAGUAUGGAUUUGAUAGCCAGUCACUACAGUGCUGUGCUCCAGAGGCAGUCAGAUGGCAACUUCUUCCCCAAAACAAACUUACUAUUGCCUGGAGUCUAGUAUACACACCGCAAAAAAAGAGGGUAACCACUUUAGGGGCCACCACCAGCACAAAGGUUGUACAGUUCUAGCAUCUUCAAUCUUCAAUGUACACUGUACACUGUACACUGUACACUGUAUAAUUUACUAUGUGGCAGACCCACCACCAUUACUGUGUUCAAAUUGAAAGAGGGGGAGUAAGGGAUCAAUACUGUGUUAUUUUUAUCGGAAAAAUUCCCCCAAAAAUAGCCGUUAAGCGCCCGCCGGCGUCGAGAACAGAAUAUUUUUGAAAUGACCAAAAUAACAUCGUUACUGGAUUGUGUAACGAGAAGUCGAGCAUCAUCUUUACGUUACUCGUACUGGUACAGGUUCGUACAUUUCGUUACAGGUACGAGUUCGUACCAGUCACCGUAACACCGAAAACACGAGUAAUUUGAACAUGAAUUUGUUCGAGUUUAGGGGAGGAAUAAAUUGAAACUCCAAAAUCUGGUAAACAAUCCAACAGUAAAAAGCAAGCUAAAGCCAUUGUCUUCUACAUUCAACUUACAAACUAUUCUAUCCAACCAGUCUGUUACCGAACAUGGAUAGCUCAUUGUGGCAGGACGAAGCGCAGCUUGCAAACAUGUUUCUCGAAGAAGAUUCCAACAGAAGCUCGUCAGAGAGCAAUAGCAAUGACUUCUAUUUCAACUCGACAGCACAUCUAAAGAAGAAUCUUGCAACCACCUUUGAUAAAGAGUUAUCAAACGAUUUGGUGGCAAAACAGGUUGAUCACCUGGUUCCAAGUAAGCCAGCCAGUUCUUCUAGUCCAGUAAGAAGUGGAGGUCAACUACCAUCUAUUCGCCCACCUCUUCCGACUGGGACCGAUCGAGUCGAGCAUCAAAGAAAAUCAAGGAAAAAAUUUGCAGUUUUUCUUCGAAUUCGUCCCUUGCAAAUAUACAAGUCUACCCUUGAGCAAGAUGAUGAUGUGAAUUCAAAAGUCGAAAAUGCUUCUACUAUUGAAGUGUUAGAACCUUCCGACAAGUCUAACGAUGAGACGAUAUUUCCGACAACCAUUAGGACUUAUCCCCCUAUGGUCUCGAACGUGCACAAGGUGAAUAUGAAUCGUAACGCCCGAAGCAAUUUUGCGUACGCAAAAGAGUUUCAUUUCGACCGGGUGAUGGGUCCCAAAAUAUCCCAAAAAGAUGUAUAUUUCGCUGCAGCCGCUCCAAUAAUUCAUGAUUUGUUGAAUGGACGAGACAAGCGUACUGAAUUGUCGCGAGUACGCCGUGAAUCUGCAUUGCUAUUUUCGUAUGGAAUAACAAAUGCUGGAAAGACACACACAGUUCUUGGGGAUAUCAAUUCUACCAAUAAGGCGAAUUGGGGUAUUAUUCCCAGAGCGAUAAGUGACGUCUUUCAACGAAAUAGAGUUAAGUUAAAUGUCACUUCAACGACCGAAGCCUCAGAGUCAAGUAUGGGCAACUGUAAACAUCAACCGCCUUGUGAUUUGUACAUCAGUUUUUUUGAAAUCUACAAUGAAAAUAUUUACGACUUGAUGCCAGAAAAAGCGGCAAAUUCAUCCAAACACAAGAGCAAUUCACUCCCUGCGUUGAAAAUCAGAGAAUGUCGGGGACAAACCUUUGUUCGGGGAUUGAAGAAACUCAAAGUCAGAAACGAGGAACACGGCAUUUCACUAGUGAAAGAAGCAUAUAAUAAACGGCAUACUUCUUGCAAUAACCUGAACAUGGAUUCGAGUCGGUCUCAUUUUGUUUGUCAAAUGGAAAUUGUUCCAUUGCGACAACAAAGUACACCAUUCCCCGUUCGAGAUUUCUCGACAGAAACAGAUGGCGGAAAGAAAGCGUCCAACAUUGACCUAAUGAGUGGUUAUUCAACGGACGAAGAGGCUGUGGCUCGUUCCAGGCUCUCAGCAAGUACAAUUUGGAUUGUUGAUUUGGCAGGCAGUGAACGAUCUAAAAGAACUAGAGUCGGAAGCAUUCGCCAAAAGGAAUCAACAAAAAUCAACAACAGCCUGAUGACACUGAUGCGUUGUCUGAAUGCAAUGAAAGAAAAUGGAGAUCGUCGCCGUGGUAACAACGUGAUACCAUUUCGAGAGAGUAAACUUACUCAUAUUUUCAUGUCACAUCUUACAAGCAAAUCUGCAGCGCGAACGGCAAUGAUGGUCAACGUCAAUCCAUCUGUGGAAGACUUCGAUGAAACCCAACACGUUUUAAAAUAUUCCAGAAAAGCCAAGUUGAUUGAAAUGAAUAUCGAUGAGUUUGGUGCCAAACGGAAACAAUUUUUUGGCGAAGAAUACGACCGCAACGGAAGAAAAAAAUUCAAAUGCGAAAAUAGCAAGAACUGUGAUUUGAAGAAACCAAAGCAUCCUCUGCUAUCUCGAAUGGCGAAGAAGUUGUCACCGAAGAAGGCGCUAGAGAAAAUUGUUGUGAAAAAUACUGUGAAAGAGGAGCGCAUCGUAUCUAGUAGAAGCUAUGAUCACGCGAAAGAAAUCGAGGCGUUAAAAAAUGUUGUGCAAAUAGCAGAAGAGCGGGUUUAUGCGCUGAAAAACAAAAACACUCAACUGCAAGUUGAAUUGGAGAGUAAAGAAGAUCAAAUCCGUGCUGAAGUUGCAAUGGAAAUGGAGGCACGGUUACGCGAAACACGAACUAAACAGAAAGAAAAAUACGAUCAUUUGAGAUCAGUCAUGCAAAAUCAAAUGUCAAAGAAUGAUGUUUCCUUGUCCAUUAGUCGAGCAGGAAACCAAAUUGAGGAGCUUUUGGAUAAAAUUGAUGAAUGCGAGCAGGAAAUGCUUCGAAUGAGUAAAGAACAUCGACAAGAAGUAAUUUGUCUGAAUGCACAAAUAGAUGACCUAAACAGAACCAAGGAAAUUCUUGCGAAAGAAAAGGUAGAACACACGAUCGAAAUAUCCAAUCUAAAACAAGCACUGAAAAAAAGUCAUGAUGAGGUGAUACACUUGAAGGGCUUCAAAAAAUGCGAUAAUAUAGAAAUGGAUGAGGAAAAUUUUCUUGCGGGCUCAAUAAAAGCCAUCAAAAAACGGGCAACGAUCAAACAGAAGAUUCAACCGAGGAAAGCUCUCGGGAAUGCUACAAAUCAAUCUAGUUCGUCUCGUGUCCUCCAAAUGAGCAUUAAUUGAAGUCUACGUCGUAAGUUUGGUUUGCCAGACAACAAAAAUAAAACCAAUCAGCUCCUCGUGGAGAAAAAGUUACACCACACAGUUAUUGUCUUUUGUAGUAUUAGUUAAAAACAAGUACUUUAUAAUGUUAUGAUUUAUGUUUCCGACAUGUAUGUUGUCAACACAAAGAAGAUGGUAUUUGGGCUUAUCAUAGAUAUAAUUUAAAG